GAGCAACAUAUUACGCCAACAGCAUGCUUCCUCUGGAGGCGGCCAUUUUUUCCCACCGAAGCAGCCACGACGGUGGGAAAACAAAGUACGCAAAACUUUGAAUCAGACGAGUCUACAUAUCCAAUCUUUCAAAUCUGAUUUUCAACCAGCACCAUGUCACGAGGAGGGUCCGGUUCGGACAAACUAACUCGUAUUGCUAUUGUCAGUACUGAUAAGUGCAAACCAAAAAAAUGUCGACAAGAGUGCAAGAAAGCAUGUCCAGUAGUCAGAAUGGGGAAGCUGUGUAUAGAAGUAUCUCCUGCAGAUAAGCUUGCAUUCAUAUCGGAAGAACUAUGCAUAGGUUGUGGUAUCUGUGCCAAGAAAUGUCCUUUUGAAGCUAUUUCCAUCAUUAAUCUUCCCAGUAACCUGGAAAAAGACACCACUCACAGAUACAGUGCAAACUCUUUCAAACUCCACAGAUUACCCAUACCUAGACCUGGAGAAGUGCUGGGGUUGGUAGGAACCAAUGGUAUUGGCAAGUCAACGGCAUUGAAAAUUCUAGCUGGAAAACAGAAACCUAACCUUGGAAAAUUCAAUGACCCACCAGACUGGACAGAGAUCCUCACAUACUUUAGGGGAUCCGAACUCCAGAACUACUUCACCAAGAUUUUAGAAGAUGACCUGAAAGCUGUGACUAAACCUCAGUAUGUUGAUCAGAUCCCCAAGGCAGUUAAGGGAUCUGUGCAAUUCCUUUUGGACAAGAAAGAUGACACCAAAAGUCAAAUAGAAGUCUGUACUCAACUAGAUCUGCUACAUGUACGAGACCGAAAUGUAGAAGCACUGUCAGGAGGAGAACUACAGCGAUUUGCCUGUGCUAUUGUGUGUAUACAGGAUGCAGACAUAUUCAUGUUUGAUGAACCAUCCAGUUACCUGGAUGUGAAACAGAGAUUAAAGGCUGCUAUAGCAAUCCGAGAUCUCAUCGCCCCUACCAAGUACAUCAUUGUAGUGGAGCAUGACUUGUCUGUCCUUGACUAUCUGUCUGACUUUAUCUGCUGUCUGUAUGGUGUCCCAGGGGCUUAUGGUGUUGUCACUAUGCCCUUCAGUGUACGAGAAGGUAUAAACAUAUUUCUUGAUGGAUUUGUUCCAACGGAAAACUUACGAUUCAGAGAAGUGUCACUAACAUUCAAAGUGGCAGAAACUGCAAUGGAGGAAGAAAUCAAGAGGAUGUGUCGAUAUGAAUACCCAACCAUGUCAAAGAAGUUAGGUAGUUUCCAAAUGAAUGUUGUUGAAGGUCAGUUUACUGACUCUGAGAUCAUUGUGAUGCUGGGGGAGAAUGGUACAGGGAAGACCACUUUCAUCAGAAUGAUGGCUGGCAAACUUGAACCAGAUGGAGAAGAAAAAUGCCCAGUACUGAAUGUGAGUUACAAGCCACAGAAAAUCAGUCCAAAGUCUCAAGGUUCUGUGCGCCAACUGCUUCAUGAUCGGAUACGUGAUGCUUAUAUUCACCCACAGUUUGUUACUGAUGUCAUGAAGCCUCUACUUAUCGAAGCCAUUAUGGACCAAGAGGUACAAAAUCUGUCUGGAGGAGAGUUACAGCGAGUCGCCCUGUGUCUAUGUCUGGGGAAACCAGCAGAUGUGUACCUUAUCGAUGAACCGUCGGCCUACCUCGACUCAGAGCAGCGUCUACAUGCUGCUAAAGUCAUUAAAAGAUUUAUUUUGCAUGCGAAGAAGACUGCCUUCGUAGUGGAGCACGAUUUCAUCAUGGCUACCUACCUUGCUGACCGUGUGAUAGUAUUUGAUGGCAACCCUGGCAUCGACACCAGAGCCAAUGCGCCACAAUCAUUGCUGAAUGGAAUGAACAAAUUCCUAAUGUCCUUGGAGAUAACCUUCAGAAGAGACCCCAACAACUUCCGACCAAGGAUCAACAAGCGAAACUCAGUCAAGGAUUCUGAGCAGAAGAGAACAGGAAACUACUUCUUCCUGGAAGAUUGAGUCAGUUCUGCCUUGAACAUCUGGCUUGCCUCCUUUGGAUGCAGUCUGCUUCACAGAAUCUCAAGUGGCGAAGAAAUGCUACUAUCUUCAAAUAAACCUAAACAUUUUGAUUCUGUGAAGCAGUUUGUUUCUGACAUUUUAGAACAUUGGUGCACCACUAUUGUGAGACUGACUGAUGUAGAUUGGCCCCGUUACAUCAGUUCUCAUUGAAUGUGGACUGGAACAUGUGGAUUCCUAGCUAUGGAUCGCUGCUAUCCUGUGGGAUAUUCACAAAGAGAGCAGUUACGAAGUUUUAAUGAUCUAGGCCUGUUAUUGUAAGGAUAUUUGUCGCCCCACAAAGAUGUCACCUUAGAAUGAAUUAGAACUACCUUCAUUCCGGUCUAGAUCAACAGCAAAAAGAAUCGCCACUUUUACAGUGAUGAUAUUGUUUAAUACAAAUUUGAUCAAAAUGCUAUAGUACUUUCUGAUAACCAGCUGUGACCAGUAGAAUUUCUUGUGUUCUAGACAAGAAUAAUUUCUGGACAUUUUUUAUUUACUAUUUGAGGAAUGGGGGAUACUGGAAUUUAAUUGCUACUUCUUAUUUACUGUGGAACUAUGAUGAGAGUUAUUAGACAAAUGAAAUUGGUAUUUUGAUCAGUAGUUACCAGGACAUAUUAAAUUAUUCUUUGCAAGA